AUGUGUGAUAAAGGAAAUGAGAUAAAGUUCAAUUCCAAAAGUUUCACUGUCACUAAGCUUGAUACUGAUGAAAUUGUGUUAAAAGGAACUUCUAAAGAACCUGAACACCAAUCUGAAGAUGGAUCCGGAGAUCCUAAGGAAGUUGAAAGUGAUAAGGAAGAACAAGAAGAAGAGAGAACUACUCUGACUGCUACCCAGACAGAUGAAGCUGUUGAACUUAAGAAUAUAAAAGAAGCUCUAAAGGAUCUAGAUUGGAUUAUAGCCAUGCAAGAGGAGCUGAAUCAGUUUGAAAGAAGCAAGGUUUGGCAUUUGGUGCAAAGACCCAAGAACAGAACUGUCAUAGGUACCAGAUGGGUGUUCAGAAACAAGCUGGAUGAGCAAGGAGCCCGUUUGGAUUGGAUUGUGUGCAAGUUUCAAGCAAAUUACAAAGAAUCUCAUCUGAAGGCUGUCAAAAGUAUACUCAGAUAUCUUAAAGGGACUCCUGAUCUGUGUCUGUGGUAUCCUAGAGGGUACAACUUUGAUCUAGUUGGUUAUGCUAAUGCUGACUAUGCAGGUUUUCAUGUUGACAGGAAAAGCACUUCAGGAACAACACACUUUCUUGGUUCUUGCCUAGUGUCUUGGGGAACAAAGAAGCAGAACUCAGUGGCUUUAUCUACAGCUGAAGCAGAAUAUGUGACAGCAACAUCUUGA